AUGGCGCCGGUGGCCGAUCGCAUUUACUUCCCCUCCCUAGAACAAUGCCUGACUGGGGAGCGGGUACUGCUCUCUUGGAAGCUCGUCGCAACUGCGCUGUCUGAUGCUUCUGGCCAGAGAACUACGAGUUCUGCCGUUAUCGAAUUUCUGAGCGACGACUAUGUUCACCGUCUCCUCGAGGACCCUGCCAGCACCUUCGCACCCGCAGAUGAGACAACAAAAAAAGUCUUUGAAACAAAAACGGCCCCGAUUAAUGUUCCCGCAAGCUCAGAUGGACGACCUGACAUCGAGUCGAUCAAGAAAGAUGCCGAAUGGCUCAGCAAGAAUGCCAAAAUCAACCUGGUCGCAGCUUUGCGUGUGGUCGUGAUAGAACACCAGUCCCGUCCUGCGCGCCAUCUCAGUGGCCCAUUAUCGUCUCAAGAUGCGAAGAAUCUGCAGGAAGCCGCCGGCCUCAACAAUGGUCAAGGGUCAGGACUUCUUUUGGACCUAGGAUCGGCGGCUGCGCUGGAUGCUGAGGAGAUCUGGGCUGAAUUCGAGAAGCCCGAAACGAGACAGCGACGCCUGUUCGAUACAUAUCUUACCGAGCGCCGUUUUUUUAUGAUGUCUGCGGACUAUGCCAACUCGAUCAAGCUGUACGAGAGGCUGCCGACCUUCGCCAGUGUUGAUCUCGACCUAGCCAAGACCUACCGACUGAAGCUUCCUUCACGAGACGACGCCGAACCCCUACUCCCGACUUACCUUCAAGUUCUCACAGACUCUAUGUCUCGCAUCGAAUCAGGUCUAAAAGCUGUAACGGAUGAGAAGUGGGUGACAGAGGAAGUCGAACUAGAUUGGCUGCGAACGCUUCUAACCGAAGCUAUCCAUGCUUUGUCUGUUGUCUUCCAGAUUGUUGACAGUUUUGGCGAUGAUUUUGCACCUUCAAGUGCCGUCAACCAGUGGUUUUCUUUGAUGGAAGUCUACAGAUUCUUUGACGCAGUUCAGCCGAUCCACGAGAGCAUUGCCCCGCUAGUUUUGCCCCUGAAGACUCUUUCAGCCGCCGUGUCCCUGAUACUACUCAAGCCAGCUCGCUCAUUGACCUAUCUUUCCGAGAGAGAAGAGGAUGCUACUCAAGCAGAUACUUCCUACGACACAUACCUGCUCUCAUCUGACGUCCUUGAACAGGUCCACAAGAGCAUACUAAACGCUGCCGAAGCCGACUGCGAAAGCGCUUCGCCCGUCAUUUUCGCCUGGACGCUUCUUCUUCAUCGCAUGAAUGUUUCCUAUCAAAGUCGAACAGAGAAGCGUGAUAAUUUGCUGCAGCAAAAUGCCCGAGAAACCUUCGAGGCAGGGGGUGUGAUUCGACCAGUCGCAAGACGAAACUCGGCGGGCAGCAUCUUCUCCAUCGAAUCUUCAAAAUUUGACGGCUUCCUCGAGAAUGCGACUUCAUCCAAGGACCUUGUCGUGGUGGAACAGCUUGCAUCACAAGUCACGGCUCAAGGCCGUGUCUUUGAUGUCGUUUCUAAUAUGGCAACAUCAUUAGGUCCCUCUGAUGAGGGUAGUAUGACCCCCUUACUCAGUGCUCGUCUUCGCAAUGUCUUCCUUGAGCUUCUUAAGGUUUCAUACCCCAUCGUUGGUUAUCAGUCCGAACCAGUAAGCUCCCUUCUUUCGAUUCUAAGCGCCGGCCGAAAUUACUGGGACAUUUCAAACAAGGAGAACCUCUCAGAGAAGCAAGAUAUUCUCGCAUCCAUGAUCAAUGAUCAUCUUGCACUAGAGUUCUUCUUUCAGCAAGCUCUUGACAGAUAUCCCUAUGAAUUUCUGCCGUUUAUCACUCUCUGCCGAACUCUCGCCAGUGCCACUAGCCUCCGUGACAGCGAUCGCUCUCAGAUGAUCCUUAACCUUUUACGUGCAACACCCACACUCACAUUCGUCCUUCCCGAUUACUUCCAGGAGUACGAGCUCGCACAAGAAGACGAGAACACCAAUACUUUCUGUUUGCUGCAAGAUAUUCCCAUCAUCUCUUUAUCCCCUUCGUGGCGAGGAAGACGUGUCGAGGACGAUGCGUACCGGAUACCAGCAGGCACAUAUGGACGAUUUGUUACGGAUACAGGUAGAGUUGUCUCAAUGGAGUAUCCUCACUCAACUAUCUCGCUCUUGGGUCGACGACUGGAAAUCAAUCUCAUGAAGGAAGGCUAUCAAUCUGAGCUCGGAAUGCUCCAGCCAGAAGAAACUGCCGAAGUCAUCUCUUUGUUUGCGACACUAAUUCGCAUGGAUCAUCUGAACGCCGCCAGGGAGGAGUCCACCGGCGCCUUGGUGCUUUCUGACAAUGAUAUUCUACAUGAGGCAAAGAAACAUAUUGAUGCGGGUGGUGGUAGAGACCUCCUAACAGUCGUCUGCGAGACAAUGGACUACUACAUGCAGGUUGAUCUUGCGGAGAGCGAGGACGUUGUCGUCACUAUCCUGAACUCUUGCGUCCAAUUCCUCGAUGCGGUCCUGCCUAUUUAUCCCAGCAGAGUGUGGUCGUAUCUUUCUCGAUGCGAACUUUUAAGUUCCGAGUCCAGAGCUGGUAAGCUCACCAAGGUCGUGGGAAGCCUCGAUCUGGUCCAGGAGAGGCUCGAAUUUUUACUAUCUUGUCUCAGACUAUUCUCAAACCUUAUUGACACUGCAAUGACUUCUGCUGUUCAGCGACGAGCUGGUAUUCCCACAAGCAGAAACAAGUCAGAUAUGAAUCCUUGGCUGGGCACAGCAGAUAAAGUUUUGGCAAAGGUCAGCUACGCCAUUGCACAGGCAGGCGUAGACAUCUUUGAGAAUACUUCAACUUGGAGAUUUGCGUCUGACACAUGUCGCUCGUCAGUGCUCCGAGAGGUUGUACCAAUCCUGCAAAAGGUGGUUAUGUAUAGCUACAGUCUUGGCGAUCCUUCGACUGAGAAUCUAACUUCAUGCUUACGACCUGCCGCCUCUUAUAUUAUCGACUGUUUCGUCUCGCCCUCAACUGGAUCUCUGCGAUUCCAACCCCUUUUAUCGUCCCUUAUCACAGCAUUUACAACCGCCGACAGUACCCUCUAUCCAAGACGCGUGGAGAUGGUACAGGCACAGUUAAAUUCAGUACUUGAAUUUUUCGCGACACUACUGCGCGUCGCCAAUUAUCUAGAGCAAUCCUCUGGCAUGAUUGAAACUUACCUUUUUAAAAGCUCCACCCUGCUUGCACGGUUAUGCGCAGUAUCUGAUCAUUUCCGCAAACCCACCAUGUGGCUGCUUGAGUCUUUGGUUGUAAAUGCUGGCAAAUCCUCAAGUGAGCCCCCGUCACUGCUUGGUUACUUGGGGCCUCAGAUUUCCAAGUCUUUUCUCCAACUUCUAUCAACCCUGGGUAAGCCCUUUGAACUCAGGGGCGAGGUCAAAGCCACAUGGAAGUUUUUUUCGGCUAUUCUGAGGAACCGACAACAGUGGAUGUCUAAUUGCCUGCUUACGGGGCAGACCCCCAGGGAGGCGAUGAAGAAAGACAAAAAGAAGACGGAUGUUUCUUCCAGCUCGGUAUUUGCUACUGGGCUUGCCAAGCUUGGCAAGUUAAAGGAUCUAGAAAUAAGCGAGGCCCUGGUUAUUCUUGACUUUGUCGCCUCGGCCCAGAACUUCUGGCCCUGGACAGUCUUCACACUCCAGAAAGACACCGCUUAUCUUGAUGGGCUUAGAGAAUACGUCCGAGAUCUCAAAUCAUCCAGUAUCACUGUAAAGUCUGACCCUGUCCGUGCUGCUUUUGAGGCAAGACUGGCCGCGUAUAUUGCGGAGACAUUUGCCAUGCAGCUUUACCACUCGCGGCAUCUGGGCAACUCGGGAACAUUGGCAAAGAGCCUUAUUGGCGAUCUCGACUACUAUUUGCGUGAUGGAGUUGAGGUUGGAGGUUACAACAAGUCUCUUCACAACAACUUCGCCCGAAACUUCUCCAACAAGUAUUCAGACUGCCCUGUGGAUGACUUCAAGCGGACCGUCCUGGAGCCACGGGAACUCGGCAAGAGUUACUACUAUGACUUGGAACGCGCCGAUCAGAUGCUACGAUUUGAUCCAGGCUGGAAAGGUCGCAAGGACGACGGUUUCAAGACAGAGAUGGAGCGGGCAAACACGAACUUGUCUUUAGUUGAUGCUCAGCUCGCCCUUUUCCAUGCCUGGGAGUUUCUACUUGUAGAGCUUUCAACAUGCAUGCCCAAGAACGACACCGUGGAAAAACAAAUGCUGCAAGUUGCCCAACAAUGUCUCAAUGCCAACCAAGGAAUUCCAGGCCCUGAACACAUCUUCCUAAAACUUGUCGAGUCCAGGGCGAGCCUUGCGCUUGUGUUAAUCCAGCGCCUUGUCAAGUCAUCAGUGCCAGUCAAGGACAUCAACCAGCUUCUCUCGACUCUUGUUGGUACCAUGAACGGAGUCGAGGAGCCUUGGGGCAUUGAAUCUAUCUCGUACUACCGCACCCUACUAAAGGCUCUUUUCGUUACUCUGCGUGCCUACCAAAUCAGUGGCAAGAAAUCAACCGAAUCUCAGGAUGUCUUUGAGGGAACUACCGUGACAGUUACACAAACUGUGUUGAAUAUCCUUGACCGAGUUGUGGGCAGGGGCUUCCGCGCACUUGUCAGCCUCAUUCACGAUAACGAAAAUAGUGUAUCACCGGAAGAUUUAGGAUUGUUGACAGCCAUCCUUCAAGCCUGCAUAAGUCUGCCCAACAUGGAUCAAUCUCAGACUCAAGUUCUUAACAUCAUGGCCGAGCAUCAAGUCCUCCAUGCUGCGUCGUCUCUCUACUCAUGGGCAGACAGACUGGCGGAUCAAGGCGACCCUAUCUAUGGCGAGUUGAGCAUGCUAUUCUUGCUUGAACUCUCAACUCUCCCUAUGGUUGCUGAACAGAUGGCAUGCGAUGGAAUCUUGAGCAACAUCCUAUCUGCCAAUCUGACCAAGUUCAUGCUGAAGUCCAACGUUUCUCCCUAUUCAGAUUCCCCUGUGGUGCAACGUUGCUAUGGUAUCUGGGCCAAAGGACUGUUGCCGCUAAUGCUGAACUUGCUCACAGCUUUGGGUGCAACUGUUGCCCCAGAGGUUGCGUACGUUCUUAACCAGUUCCCUCACCUACUGGAAGCCAGCGUGGACCGAUUCGAAGCACCUGGAGCCAGUCGUACCCAGUCUCGGGCGUCACCGCACUACCUGACCCUUGUCGCGAUAUCCGAGGUUCACUCCCUUGCCCUCCUCACGCGAGUGCUUGCUGCUCUUCGUGUGAACAACAACCGGGACAUUCCUGACGUGGAAUGGGACUCGGCAAACCUGCUAGAGAACGUCGACUUUUGGUUGAGCACAAAGAAGUUGCUAAAGGAGCGACUCAUGCCCUUAGGUCAGCGUGAAAUGGACUGGCGUGGGAUGAAGCCAGCCUCUGGGGCAUAUGAUAGUCUUUUGGAGGAGAAAGCGGUGGCUCAAUUAGAUGCCAUCAGAGAUGUGCUAAGUGAAGAAGCAGAUAAUUGA